GCAAAAAAUAUGUAUUUAUUUUUUUUUUUCUGCCUGUUCUCCAGGCCCAAUUUAACCCAAUUCUCUCUUUGUCCUUUCUUAACCUUUUUCUUUCAUUGAUAUACAUUCUAUUUGUGUGUGUGCGAAAAAAUGUUAAAGUUUGCCAAAUCAGUCAUAGACAGCUUUUUAGGCAAAAAGCGUAGGUUGGAUGAAGUUGAUGAGGACGAUCAUUCUAACGACGAUCAACAUGAUUCAGGAAUUGAUGCCAAAAAGCCCAAAGUUAACCUAGUUCAUCGAGUCAAAGUUUUCCAUUUGCCUGAAAGAGAAGUGGGUCCCGUCAGAAAAUACUUUCAAAAAUUGGGAUACAACCGUGUCAAGAAAGCACCUCAAUGGAAUUUCUGUUAUAUCACUGUGGACUCUGAAGAAGAAGCCAGAAAAUGUCUGGAGGUUGUAAAAAGUUGUGUUUUUAAGAAGAAACAAUUGACAGCCGAAUACGUUGUUGAGAGUGAACAAAGUCACCGAGAACGAUUCCAACGCCAAGAGAAUAAAAAAAAGGGCAAAAAGGACAAUGACACUCCUCAAGGGGAUGAGAACGAUACUCGUACACCUGCCGAAAAGUUAGCAGAUCAAGUAACUCCUUUGUGGAGGGAACCUUAUGAAGUGCAGCUCAAGAAGAAGAACAGAAAGGGCCUUCAGCAAUUGAUGUCGCUCAAGAAAGAUAUUGCCCGUCUUCGCGAUGUACGUCAAGAAUAUCAACGUGCCUGGGCUUUUGACAAGGGCGCUUUACCCUGUGAAGUGUUGGACCCCAUUGGCUCUCCCCUCCUUGAAGGCUAUCGUACCAAAUGCGAAUUCACCAUCGGUAAGAAUUUGGAUGGCGAGCCCUCUGUAGGCUUCUUGUUGGGUCUGUAUCGUAAUGGCAUCACCACUGUCUUGGAACCUGACCAGACACUGAAUGUGCCCGAAACAGCCAAAAAGAUCGCCAAGGCGAUGAACGAUUAUGUGAAGAGAUCUGAUCUGCCUGUCUAUGAUCGCGUCGAGAAAACUGGCUGCUGGCGUACGGUCAUGUGCAAGACCCAAAGUACAGGCGACGUAUUGGUGCUAAUCCAAUUGCGUGAUACUGACAUUUCAAAAGAACGUUUGGCUGAAGAAAAGCAAAACUUGGUUCGCUUUUGGCAGGAAGAAAGCGGUAUUCCUAUAACUACCUUGGUCUUUCAAGUAUGGAAUGACGUUUUCAAUGGAGUUACUGAUAGAGCACCGCUGGAAAACCUCAUUGGUGAUGGUUAUAUCUAUGAAAACUUGCUGGGUUGUCGCUUCCGUCUCUCAGCCCUUUCUUUCUUCCAGGUCAAUACAGCUGCUACAGAAUUAUUGUACGCUAAAUGUGCUGAAUGGUGCAACAUCGACCCAACAAAGAAAACAACCUUGCUCGAUCUUUGUUGUGGUACGGGUACCAUUGGUAUAACAAUGGCAAAAUCAGUAGAUCGUGUUGUUGGUAUUGAACUCAUUCCCGAAGCCAUUGUGGAUGCCAAAGAAAACGCUAAAUUAAACAACCUUGAGAAUGUGACAUAUUACGCUGCCAAGGUUGAAGAUAAAAUUGAUGUUGUGAGAGGUGAAAGAAAUGAAGAUGUUGUAGCUGUAUUGGACCCACCAAGAAAUGGUGUUCAUGCAAACGUUAUUCGUGCUAUUCGUGAAGCUGAACAUAUCAAUCGUGUAGUUUACAUCAGUUGUGAUGCCGAACAAGCCUAUAACAAUUUCCUUGGCUUGUGUCGCCCUGAAUCCAACCGUUUCAAGGGUUUGCCCUUCAAGCCUAACCGUGCUGUUUCUAUUGAUCUCUUCCCUCAUACCAAGCAUUGUGAAUUGAUGAUUGAAUUUGUUCGUAUACAUCCUGAAGAAGCAGGCAAAACUAAUGAAUCAGCAGAGCAAUCGACGACUACAAAAACAGAAGAACAGUCCACAACUACUGAAUAAAUAGCUCUCAUAGGCCUGUUUUGCCUAAAAUACGCAUUUUAGAAAUUGAUAUUGAUGAGAAAUGAUGGAACUGUCAAUCUAUCAUGAACGAAUAUCCAUACUCUUCCCCCCCCCUUUUUUUUUUCACCCUUCAGCUCACCGUAUACUUUUUAUAUGUAAAUAAAAUUUUCUUUUUUUUU